AAAUGAAAUUUAUCUUAUUAAUUAUUAAAAACUCAUUUUUCCAAUAAAAGAAAACUUACCUAAUUAUCUUGGUUCGCCUAUAGGGAUGGCAAUCAAAUCCAUGAUCGAGAGUAUCCGACCGCCCUAGAUCUAAUCAACGUGGGGAAUCCCCGCAGGAACUAGAUAUGGGACGGGUAUGGGUAAAACCCGCAAAAAGUUUGAUGGGUAUGAGGCAGGUAUGGUUUUAACCUCCCCGCCCCAUACCCAUAUCCGCAAAUAUGUCUUCACAUAUGAAAAAUACUUAAAUACAUGGAUCAAAUUGAAACCUAUCAAUGAUAAUGAAAGUUAACUUAAGACAAUAUAUAGUUGAAAUGCAAUUGAGUGGUCACCCAAAUCUAAAUCUAAUUCGUUUUUUUACGUAAAUUCUCCCUUCAUUCUUUCACUUUUCCCUCUGGUUAACAAGAUAAUUAUGUUAGUAAAGAAUUAUUUUGCAGACGUAUGAGAGUUAGAAACUAAUGAUUUGGAAGAUGUUAUACUUUAUCUUAUUGAUUAAUAGAUGUUUAAGAAUCAUACCAUUCGACCAUAUUAUGAAUAAUUGUAUUUUUGUUGACUUAAUGAUAUAAUUGAAAAUUUACAUGUAAAGUCUUAGGUAUAAUGAUAUUGGAUGUAUGAGGCAGUUAUUACACAUGGGUACCCGAAACCCACGAGUAUGACUUAUGAGAAUGGGUUUCCAAAACCUUUUCCGGCAUGGGUAUGCUGACUAUUCCUAUAGAACCUCCGGUACAUAUGUCAAUCCUUGCUUAUAAGUAAAAUGAGACCUUAUUCAAUGAUAACAAAAAUUAACAUUGGAGACUUGAUUGGAAAUUGUAAGAAGAUGUGGGGACUGGCACAAACAAAAGGAUAAGACACUUCAACCGAAAAAUUCCCAUGAGUUUUAUCAUUUUUUUUUUUUUUUCCUUUUCCUUCCGGCGGUGGCCGUACUCAGGCAUCACUCAUCAGUCGUCGAUCGUCAAUCGUCGUCUCGUCCGGCAGCUGAAAGAGGGAAAGAGGCGACUAGAGAUGUCAACCACGAAGCGGCUGAUCUUCGAUGAUCUUCUCUGGAUAAUUGCUCUCUCCGGAACCCUAGCUUUCAUCCAGCAUCGAUUAAGCGACCCUGGAAUUUCAUUGGAGUCCAUCAACGCCCAGCAAGCUCGGAGACGUAUGGAUUUUUCCUAUGGCCAUUACGCUUCUCUGCACAUCGCAAAGUCAUGCUGCUUGCUAAAAAAGUGCGGGAAAUUUUCGCUUGUUUGGAGUAGGAGAAGAAAUUGGAAGGGGCUUGGAGGAAGAAGUGACUCACAAGUCUACUUCGAUGUUGAAAUCGGCGGGGAAGCUGCGGGUCGCAUUGUGAUGGGUUUAUUUGGGAAGACAGUCCCAAAGACUGCAGAGAAUUUUCAAGCACUGUUCACUAGUAGCCAAGAGGGAAAGGGAAAAGUAGGGAGCCUCUGAGCUACAAGGGGAGCACAUUCCAUAGGAUCAUACCUCAGUUCGUGACCCAAGGAGGGGAUUUCGCAUGUGGCGAUGGACGCAGUGGAGAAUCAAUCUAUGGCGAGAAGUUUGAGGACGAGAGAUUCAAGCUGAAGCACACUGGUCCAGGUAAAUCUACUAUUAGCAAUUCAUGGUUUUAUCUUUUAGAGUCUCUGCGAUCUUGGUGCAAUUGGGGCUUAACUAAACCCUGAGUAAUCUUACUCACAAAAACAGGAGUGAUAUUGAUAUAGAUGGAAAAUUCUGGUAAAUUUCAGUCUUUUCGUUUUGGUAGCCAAAUCGUUGCAGCUUAUCAACUCGCAUAUUUUCCCAGCAAAGUCAUUUAAGUCUCGAUCGAAUAGCUCAGGACGCUUAUUAACAGCCCUAUUCAUUUGCCCCUGCAAAGAGUAUAGCCAAAUUCCCCUGUUCUACUCGUUCCCUGAUCAGGGGAAAUAAGCAAGAAACAGUACA